UUGUAAUCUUAUAAUUUCAUAAUCCACUUCCCUGCUUUAGCUAGGGUUUCUUCAAAAUAAUGGGUUUUGCUCUGCUAAAACUACUUGUCCUUCUUCACCUUUCACUGCUAUGUUUCACUGUGUUCAGCGAUGAAGAAAUAAAUUCAGUUUCUUCUGUACCAGAAGCUGCACCAACCUUUCACCAUCACCACCACCGCCGGCGCCACCACCGCCAUGCUCAUCUACUCAGAGUUGCACCCUCCACCCGCCACCUUGCUUAUCCACCCAGCGCUGCUCCAAUUCAGUCUCCGCUCCAGGCACCAGUCCACGCACCGAUCCACUCACCUCUCCAUGCACCGCUUCAGACACCGCUCCACGCACCGGCCCACGCACCACUAAAGGCACCGCUCCAGCCACCAGUCCACGCACCUCCCCAUUACGCACCGCUCCAGCCACCAGUCCACGCACCUCUCCAUUACGCACCGCUCCAGCCACCAGUCCACGCACCUCUCCAUUACGCACCGCUCCAGCCACCAGUCCACGCACCUCUCCAUUACGCACCGGUCCACGCACCUCUCCAGGCACCGCUUCAUGCACCGGUCCACGCACCGCUCCAGGCGCCGGUCCACCCACCGCUCCAGGCGCCGGUCCACGCACCGCUCCAUGCACCGGUACUAUCCCCAGCGGCUAAGUCUUCGAGUUCCAGCGAGCCGUCUUUGAUUCUGCUGAACGAAUCGUCAAACAUUCCCCUUUUAAUGGCUUAGCUCCUAAAUAUACUCUUAAUAAUCAAAAUGUUAUGGAAUAAGCCAAACAAUGUCAACGAUAUCACCAUUUUCUUGAGUUUUUCAUUUUCCUGUUCAUGGAAUGGUUGUGAAAUUAGCAGAAAAAUAUAUAAACUGCUAAUAUUUUAUUUUUAAAACUUAAUAAAUUAAUAUAAAUAUAUUAUAAUACUGGAUUUUUUA